AGACAAACCGGCAGUCAGUGCCUCCCAGGGCCCCGCGCCGUCAGUUUCGUUGGUGUGUUGUGUCGUGUUACGUGUUCUCUCUUUCUCUCUUUUUUCUCUCUUCCCUUCUCUCUUUCUCUCUUUCUCUCUCACUGUUCCUACGAACCUCUCCCUCCCGAGCCCUCCUUUCCAACCCCCCUUUCUCCCUGAUUUUUCGUUACCGCUACGAACCGUUCGCCGCGAGUGACAAGGGAAUAAUCCUACACCCGCGAGCAACCUUUUUUUCCCAAUGCUGAUGGAUGGUGCGUGGCGAGCAAUCAAUUUUUAACCCUACCAUCCCUGUAGGAUCGAGACGAUCGCUGGAUCGUUGGGCUUGGCCGAUCGAAUUCUCGAUCGAGGAGGGGCGAUUCCAGGGAAUUCGCUUGGAAAGGAUCGGUUAGUCGUCCGGGGGAUACUCUAUCCGGCUUGAUUCGAUGAUUUUUCGAGGUCUGUGAAGGAUCAAGGAUCCAGAUAUUAGUUUAACGUGUGCGAAAAUCCACUGAUCCGUCGCUGGAGUGUAAUUCCGCAACAACUAUGGCUAUGAUGGAAUUCUUCCGACGAACAGAGUGCACGGAUAACUUCGAGUAAGGUGACAUUUAGCUGAUUAAAAAGAUUUGUGGACUGAGUACAGAGAAUCCUGUAAGUGGUGCAAGGUUUUGAUGAUGAAAUUAAAGGAAUUCGUCGAAAAGGACAUUAGGUAAUUGUGAACUAUCGCGUGUUUCAUCGAUGAAAAGGGACAACGAGUGAAUUCUUUGUCGAAGAAGUGAAAUUUUCUGAUGAUUAAUCGGUGAAGAUUAAUAGUGUUACCUCGGUUCGACUAUCGAAUUUCCUCGGGAAGGGAGAGUAACUGUGGAAGUGGUGAGGGGUUGAAACACUUUCGUGAAAUUCUGUCGAAAAUAAGUAAGUACGACCGGAGGUCGUACUUGGCAGGAAGGCCUCAAGAUUGCUCGAAAGUCGUCGAAAGAGGUGCGCAGGGCUGGAAGAGCGAUGGAAAUCGGGGGUGCAGCGAUGCAGAGGAUGGCCGCUGCCGGAGGGCCCGGGCCCCUCAGCCUUCAGGGCCCUCCAAGGUCAGUGAAAAUCUCACCCGUUAACAUACAGGACGAACCCGGUGACCUCACUUCCCAAAAGAGUACAAGCUCACACUGUGUGGGAUGCGGUGGACGGAUACAUGACCAGUGGAUUUUGCGGGUUGCACCGAAUCUGGAAUGGCAUGCAGCUUGUUUGAAGUGCGCGGAGUGCCAACAAUUUUUGGACGAGCACUGCACCUGUUUCGUUCGGGAUGGGAAAACCUACUGCAAACGAGACUAUGUUAGGCUGUUCGGAACGAAGUGCGACAAGUGCAGCGAAUGUUUCAGCAAGGACGAUUACGUGAUGCGAGCGAAAAGCAAGAUUUAUCAUAUAAAGUGCUUCCGAUGUUCGGCAUGCAUGAGACAACUAGUACCUGGCGAUGAAUUUGCCUUGAGACAAGACGGUCUUUUCUGCAGACACGACCACGAUGUCCUCGAGGGUGGGAAGCUUUGUUCAGGACCCGGUGGUGUACCUGGAAGCGAGAAUAACAACAACGCAUCCCUUAUGAAUAAUAAUCAUCAUCUGCACCCGAAUGAUGGCUCGAUAUCCGAUUCCGGCUCCGAAAGUGGAUCGCACAAAGCGGGCGUGGGUGGCACCCGAGGAUCGGGCGGCCAUAAAAGCGGCGGUGGUUCAGAUGGAAAACCGACUAGAGUUCGUACUGUUCUGAACGAGAAACAACUUCACACUUUGAGAACUUGUUACGCCGCAAAUCCACGGCCAGACGCGUUGAUGAAGGAGCAAUUGGUCGAAAUGACGGGCCUAAGCCCGCGCGUCAUUAGGGUAUGGUUCCAAAAUAAACGGUGCAAGGAUAAGAAGAAGACAAUCGCCAUGAAACAGCAGAUGCAAGAAAAGGUAUAUUUUGUACAGGAUGGCCGUAAAUUAGGCUUCGGUGGAAUGCACGGAAUUCCUAUGGUAGCCAGUAGUCCCGUGCGACACGAGAGCUCCAUAGGAAUGACGCCACUCGAAGUGCAAGCUUAUCAACCACCAUGGAAAGCCCUAUCUGACUUUGCCCUUCACACUGAUCUGGACAGGUUAGAUCCCAACACGCCCUCUUUCCAUCAUUUAGUAUCGCAGAUGCAUGGUUACGACCUUCAUAGCGGGCCACCACAAUUACCACCGCCAGGGAUGCUCGGUGGACCGAUGAAUGACGGUGGAGGUGGCGGGGGUGGUGGUCCAUUGCCACCUCCUGGUCCACAUCAUCCUAACAGUGGUGGUCCAGAUAUGGGCCAACAUCCGGACAGCACCGAUAGCUAUGUAACUUACCUUGAAAGUGACAGUGAUUCCCUUCAUCACGAUACAGGAAGUCCAUAGUGCUGUGCGGUGUGGCCAGAACGAAAGUGUCCGCUUUCUUCGUGGUCUUCUUUCAACAAGUGCUUGAAAAGAAUAGUAAUUUGAGAGAACAACUAGGGGUGAAAAAUGAACAGUUUGUAAACUUACUGGAAUUUUUCGUGAAAUAACUUAACCUUCUUUGCGCCUGAUGAAUCGACUGUCCUUUUUUAAUGAAGAUAAGGUUUGUUUCUUAGGGAUUGAACCAUGAUGAUAAUGAAUUUUUUGUGCCAUAAAAUUGAUUAAUAAUUUUCAUUAAAUUUUAAAGCAUCUCUAGCAGAAGGAUUCUGAUACAUGAUUGUAUCACAGAGAGGAGUGAAAUCAUUAAUUACCUGAAGAUACGUGUUGGAAUAAAUUUUUAUACUCAGAAUCCGUAAUUUUUGUUUAUAAUAGGAAAACUGACAUAUCAUCAAAUAAAUUCUGCUAAAGAAUGAACAUUAACUUUUUUCAGUUUUUUAUAGAUUACAAAAUUGCUGCGUGAAAGGGUUAAGGACACGAUCUAGUUCUCAAUACAACAAAAAACCAAUCGCAAUGGAAAGAAAGAUCAAAUUUGCGGAAACAUGAGCUUAAAUAGCGAACGAUUGAAUGCUUAAAUCGACAAGAUCUGUAAAAGAAGAAAUGUGUGACUGAAAAACCUCAUUUUUCGUUUUUUGAUUCGAAACGAAUAAAGUUGAUAAUUACCCAAUGUAUUAUUUAUCCAGAUGGUGAAAAUCAUGAUGCUCGAUGUUUCGCAAAUAAACAUUUUAAUCGUGAACGAGAGAAAUUCGCUUAUACAUCACGAAUGUAUCCGUACACGAGAAAUCUCAGGUAGAAUGCGCAUGGCGAUGAGAAACAUCGGCAAUCGGGAUUGUUCAAAUAAAAAAUUGAAUAUUUAACAAAAUAUUUUCAAAGAAAAUACUUUCAAUAAUCAAACGAUCGUAAACAUGAUUAUUGUAGUUUGCAAAGUGAGCGAGAGAGAAAAUGCAUUGAAGACAAUUAGUUUGAUUAUUUAUGCAAAAUAAUUUGCUGACGUCGAAGAAACCCACUUUUGUGCGUAGAAAUUGUGGAUGACAAUUGAUCAAAAAUGAAAGAACAGUUCGACCUGUUGAAUGAAACUUAAUUAUUUAAUUAUUUAAUAAAUUGGUAAGACAUUUAAUUUGAUUGUUAUACAAUUUUGAUGGGUGAAGGGGUGCAAUAUUGUCUAGCUAUCAUUCAACGAGAGACCGUACUUCCUAUAUGACGAGCUUCCGGUCGUUCUGCGCAUGUUAACUCUAGUUGGUUCAAACACGCUUCUUCUGCGCAUGUUAACUCUAGUUGGUUCAAACACCCUUCUUCUGCGCAUGCGCGUCGCGGUAUUGCGCAGCACACGCCGCGAACUUAUAUUCAGUAUAUUUUUCGAACUUGGGGAGUGUGACUCGUUUGCUCUGUUUUCAUAUUUUUGUAUAAUUAUAAAGUGUCGCAAAGUGUCACCAACUGCUACGACAUUGGAAAUAAGAGUAGAGGGCUUCACUGAAUUACGCAAAACAGGUAGUAUCUCUCGUUGAACGAUUAAUAAGUCUAUUGACGUAUCUGCAAAAAUCUUUUUUCAACAACAUGGCGCUGCCAUAGGUCGGCUCACGUGCGUCUGUUUGUCAUAGUACAUGUCAAACACGUUUAUUUGUUUUACAACAGAUAUUGUAACAUUACUGUUCCAUUAUUGCAACAUUACUGUAACAGAAACAGGAAGUAUUAAAACUUUCCUAGACAAUUAUAUGAAUAUACACCAUAAAUAUGGCUUCCUCCUUUGGAGAUGAAUUAAAAAAUAACAUUUAGUAUCCAAAUUGCUCAUAACUUGAAAUUUGCAACUUGACAAAUUGCAGAUACGUCAAUUAGCCUUAAUAGGGCAAAAUAAACGUAGCAAAAUUUUCUCACCUCCCUCUCUGAGGAAGGAACGAGUGUAAAUUUAAGUUUCCAAUAUUUUAUUGCGAACAUAGGAUUGCAUUAACCAUGCAAAACGUGUAUACGUAUCGAACGUUUCGGAAUAAAGGAACUUGAGAUUGUUUCGAACUCUGCUCUGCGCGGUGAGGGAGGUUGUAUGCUUUCGAUGGAUUUUAUUUGUUGAUUAGUUUCGAUUUAGUCCGUUCGAAUGACCAAAGAAUGUUUUUAUCGGCAAAAACAGAGAGAAAGAGAGAAUGACGACGCAGUAUCGUCGAUGGGGUUGAACGAGUUUUCUUGUUCAAAUAGAAAAUGGAAGUCGAGCUGGAUUCAUGACAAAAUAAAAUAUUUAUUUCGAGUAAAUAUUAUGUAAAUAAAAGAAACACGAGAGAUGUUUAAAAUAAAGUAAAGGUGAAAUUGACUAACAUUGUUCUUUUCUCUAUUUUUCUUGUGUCACUAAUAUUUUAUUAAACAUUCUAUUUUUAUUUAGAACAUUUAUAAAUAUAAAGUCAUUCCUAUUUUUUCGAACAUAUGCUUCCAUUUCGAUUUCCUUUUCCGAACGAUAAAUCAAAUAAUAUUCUUCUGCAAUUAAAUAAAAUUGCAUUUCUGAUAAUAAAUCACCAUUGCAACAUUUAAUUAGUAGAAAUUCAAAAUUUUUGCAAGAAUUGACAAUCAAAUUUCUCCAUGGUAUUGUUUCGUUUCUUGAAACCAAUUUGCCACAAUAAAACACUAAUAUUAUUAAUAAUGAAGGGUAAUUUAAAACAAGAUCCAACUCUGUCUCGAUUGACUGCGUCACAUUGACUAACAAAAGAACUCGACACUGUAAAUAAUAUGAUUGUGUCCAUUGUAAAUUUGGAUCACGGUGUAUUGUCAGGCGCAAUUAAUUCAUAAUAUCGAUACACUUACGUAUAAAGGAUUUAAAAGGCAAAAAAAAAUGUCGCCAAGUACAUAAUAUCGACGAUAGCACAUUACCCCGAUGUACGUUGUAUUUGUAAACGCAGGUAUGUACAUUCGAUAAAUACCAAAGUGUACGGAGCUUCAUGUGAAUACGGGAAACGCACUGAAUUGUAAAUAAUAUCUUCUCCCCCCCCUACCCUACCUUCAUUGUCGCUAAUUAGUGGUUCGUUUUAGUAGUGAUUCGUUUAGGUGUUUGUCUAGGAUCGUUCUACCAUCACUCCUCUUGUAAUGUAUGUACAUGUUUCGAAAAAAAAAGGGGAACCACCGUAGACCUAACGUUUUUCGUAAUCCAAUUCGGAUCGUCUUCGGAUUUGUAUGAUAUUUCUAUACCGGCGCACACGUAAUAAACUGUCCAAUUAAACCA